AGAAUCCUUGGAUGAACUGUGGGACCCUUCCUUCUAGCCCUGUGGUUUGGAACCAGUGGCUUUGGGACUGUGAGAGGAUGGACAAAGAUUCUCAGGGGCUACUAGAUUCAUCCCUGAUGGCAUCAGGCACUGCCAGCUGCUCAGAGGAUGAGGAGCCACUGGCAGGGCAGAAGCGGGCCUCCUCACAGGUUUUGGGCACCAUCCCUAAAUGGAGAAGCUCCUCCAGGUUCAUCAAGAGAAAGAAGUUUGACGAUGAGCUGGUGGAGAGCAGCCUGGCUAAGUCCUCUACCCGGGCAAAGGGGGCAGGUGGGGUGGAACCAGGGCGCUGUUCAGGGAGUGAACCAUCCUCCAGUGAGAAGAAGGUGUCCAAGGCCCCCAGCACCCCUGUGCCACCCAGCCCAGCCCCAGCCCCUGGACUCACCAAACGUGUGAAGAAGAGCAAACAGCCACUCCAGGUGACCAAGGAUCUGGGCCACUGGAAGCCUGCGGACGACCUCCUGCUCAUCAAUGCCAUGUUGCAGACCAAUGACCUGACAUCUGUCCACCUGGGCGUGAAGUUCAGCUGCCGCUUCACCCUGUGGGAAGUCCAGGAGCGCUGGUACGCCCUGCUCUACGAUCCUGUCAUCUCCAAGCUGGCCUGCCAGGCCAUGAGACAGCUGCACACAGAGGCCAUUGCUGCUAUCCAGAGCAAGGCCCUGUUUAGCAAGGCUGAAGAGCAGCUGCUGAGAAAAAUGGGAUCGACCAGCCAGCCCACCUUGGAGACCUUCCAGGACCUGCUGCACAGACACCCUGAUGCCUUCUACCUGGCCCAUACUGCCAAGGCUCUGCAGGCCCACUGACAGCUCAUAAAGAAGUAUUACCUGUCGGAGGACCAGACAGUGCAGCCGCUGCCCAAGGGGGACCAAGUGCUGAAUUUCUCUGAUGCAGAAGACUUGAUUGAUGACAGUAAGCUCAAGGACAUGCGAGAUGAAGUCCUAGAACAUGAGCUGACAGUGGCUGACCGGCACCAGAAACGAGACAUUCGGCAGCUGGAACAGGAACUGCAUAAGUGGCAGGUGCUAGUAGAUAGCAUCACAGGCAUGAGCUCUCCGGACUUUGGCAACCAGACCCUGGCAGUGCCGCGGGGCCGCAUGGUGCGGUACCUCAUGCCCUUGAGAGAGGUCACCCUAGGCAGAGCAACCAAGGAUAACCAGAUUGACGUGGACCUGUCUCUGGAGGGUCCGGCCUGGAAGAUCUCCCAGAAGCAAGGUGUCAUCAAGCUGAAGAACAACGGUGAUUUCUUCAUUGCCAAUGAGGGCCGGCGGCCCAUCUACAUCGAUGGACGACCUGUGCUGUGUGGCUCCAAAUGGUGCCUUAGCAACAACUCCGUGGUGGAGAUUGCCAGCCUGCGAUUCAUCUUCCUCAUCAACCAGGACCUCAUUGCCCUUAUUCGGGCCUAGACUGCCAAGAUCACGCCACAGUGAGAAGUGGUGGCAGGA